AUGCAGCGAUCCCUGAUGAAGCGGCAGAAGAAGCGAAAGGACAAGCCAGUCCAAGCUCAGCUCCCUAUCCCGGAAUACUCUCCCAUGGACCUGGACCAUAGAGAGUCAUGCCAUCCGCCUGAUCACUUGAAGACCGACGGCGAUGCCACUGCUGUCGAAGAGGCUCCUUUCCGUACAUUCCCAAUCGGAAUCUAUAACAACGGCUUCAUCAAGCCUGAAGAUAUCGAAGCUUUCGACGACAAAUGGGUCUUUGUCGCAUGCCCCAAAUCCACCUUCAAAUGCCCACACUGCAUGAACCACGUCUACCAUAUCGGAUGUCUAGUAGUCUCCGUCUGCGGCGUACUCUCAACCACCGGCCACACUCCCCGCUCCUCAAUCGGCAUCUUCUUCGGCCGCCAGAACAAGAAGAACCUGGCCGUCGAGCUGGACGGUGAUAAGCACACUGCGCAGACCGCCGAGCUCAAGGCUUGUCUGGAGGCCCUGACUCGCGUUUUCGUCCUGAAUACCAACUGGCAGAUCGACCCGCCCAAGAACAACGAGAUGACUUACCCGCUCCACUCCCUCGUCAUCAAGACCGACUCGGACUAUGUCGUCAAGGGCAUGACGGAGUGGCUGCCAAAGUGGAAGGAGAAUGGUUGGAAGAAGACCAGUGGUCACGCCAUUGCGAACGCAGAGCUGUGGCGGAUCAUUGAUGCUAUACUCAAGCAGCUGGAGUAUGAUAUGAAGGUCCAGUUCUGGUAUGUUCCCCGCGACAAGAACCAGAUUGCCUUCAAUAUGGCCAAGGAAGUCCUCGGCGAGACUUGA